CAUCCUCAGGUCGGUAUAUAAAGGCGGAACAGCGACGGGAGCAGGACGGCUGGGACCGAGCAGCCCCGGGACUGAGAUCUGUACACACUAUAGCGCGCGUAAAACAGCUGGGUGCUUUAUUUAUUUAUUUUUUAAUGUGUCUCCGACUACUUUUAGCUAUUUUUUGUUUCCUUCUCGGUUGUUUUGUUGUUUUUUAAACACUACGGUAGUUAAAAUGGCGAGCUCGGCCAACUCGAACCCAGUGCCUAAACUGUAUAAAACUGUGAUGGAGGAUGUGAUUAAUGAAGUUCGGGAGCUCUUCCUGGAUGAAGGUGUGGACGAACAAGUUCUCCUCGAGCUCAAAACACUGUGGGAGAGUAAACUGAUGCAGUCGAAGGCUGUGGACGGUUUCCACUCGGAGGAGCAGCAGGCCCUUCAGGCUCCGCAGACGCAGGCUACGCAGGUCCAGCAGAGCCAACCGACGACGCAACCUCAACAGGUCCUCCUUCCUCCGGCACAGCAAGCCCAGCAGCAGCAGGUGAUCAUCCAGGACCCCAAAAUCCUGCAGCACAUGAGCUCCACAGGCAUGAGUGCAGCUGCCACUGCAGCGACUUUGGCGUUGCCCACUGGAGUUGCAGGUGUCACACCCUACCAACAGCUCAUCACCACUAAUCAAGGUCAGAUCCUACAGGUGCUGAGAACUGCUAAUGGAGCUCAGUACCUCAUUCAGCCUCAGCAGCCCAUCAUGGUGCAGCAGCAGGUCCUGCCCCAGAUCCAGACCAGUGGGGUGCAGGCUCCGGUUAUACAGCAGGUGCUGGCCCCGCUGCAGGGUGGUCUUCCUCAGCAGACCGGUGUGAUCAUUCAGCCCCAGCAGAUCGUCCUCACGCCUAAUAAAGUGCAGCAGAACACUCAGGUGAUGCAGGCAACCAUGGCUCAAGGACAGACUCAAACACAAACGCAGCCCCAAACACACACACAAACUCCAGCGCAGCCACAGACAGCAGCGCAGCAGCCUCAGCAGCAGCAGCCACAAGCUCCCAUGAUGCUCCAGGUGGACGGAGCUGGAGACACGUCGUCAGAGGACGACGAGGAUGAGGAGGAUGAAUACGACGAGGAUGAAGAUGAGGACAAGGACAAAGACGGAGGAGAGGACGGACAAGUGGAGGAGGAGCCUCUGAACAGCGGCGACGACGUGAGCGAUGAGGAGGAUCAGGAGCUGUUCGACACCGAGAACGUCGUCGUGUGUCAGUAUGAUAAGAUCCACAGAAGUAAGAACAAAUGGAAAUUCCACCUGAAAGACGGGAUCAUGAAUCUGAACGGACGCGAUUUUGUUUUUUCCAAAGCCAUCGGAGACGCUGAGUGGUAAACGAACGAACGAACAAUAGACUCCAGAACGUGAGCGAGUGAAGCGUCAGAUGUCGACCGGAGGACAGGACUUUCAGCAUCAGGAGAAAAUGCACAUAGUGUGGGAUGAAGAAGGAGGACGUCCUGAUACUGUACAACAUAAAAAAAAAAAAAAACCCAGAAGAAAAUCACCUGUACAUUUCUAGUGUGUUUAGUCAGUGGAUCUAUGACGACUGCCACCCCCCCCCCCCACCCCCCACCCCCCGGCUCCUUCAUCCUCGGAUGGACGUCUCAAUAUAAUAAACUUUUUAACGCCCAAGUCGAACAAAGCGAUCAAGUAGAGGCUUCGUGAGCGGAUAUCGUAGUGCCUCGAAUUAGCUGUGAAGUAGGCAUGUGCCGAGAUGUGUGUGUUUAUCGUGAUUUUUAAAAACCUGCGAUAUCGUCACAAUGUCUGUUCUCGAUUCUGUGAUUUUAAAUUUUUUUUUUUUUUAAGGUCUUCAGAUUUAUCCCAUGUUGCCUGUCCUGACCUUGUCCCACAACCACACCCCCCGAUAAAUCCCUGAAAUCUGCAAGGCAUGCUGACGAUGAUGUGUUCAACACGUACGAUGUUCUUCGUAACCGAUGAACGGCACGUGCCUGCUGCGACGUCUUCGAACCCCCAGCGUUCAUACGUUUAGAGUAGCGUGUUGGUUUGUUGUGUUAGUAAUGCAAAUAAAUUUCAGAUUUCUGUGCUUAGAAAGCUGUGGCGUUCUCACGCGCGCACACGUUUGUCUCACCAUCCUUGUGACGACCUUCCAUUGACGUAAUUCUUAUCGCAGUUAAUAAUGCUGUGCUGCACCUCAACCUAACCUAAACCCAACAGCAAUUUCCUUGUGGGGACCGGCUGAAUGUCCUCAUAAGGUCGAAAUUGUCGGAUUUUACUAUCCUUGUGGGGACAUUUUGGUCUUGAGUAGUAUAUUAAAAACAUGUACGCUCACACACGUGCACGAGUUUGUUCCCUUUUUAUACGGUAAGGUGGAUCUUGGGUGUUUUUUGUUUUGUUGUUCCCCCCCUUCCCAGCAUUGUAAAGAAGGAACACUAAAACAAAACCUUGACAGCAAAAACUAAAGUGUAAACCCAUUGAAAGUGUGUGUGUUCAAAGUUCAAAGUUCAACCAUGUCCCAUUUUUCCAUUAUUCUGAUUUGUAUCCUUCCCGCUGUAUUUAUUCCCGAAAGCUCAGGCACCAUCACACACGGAGGACGAAUCUGCACCACACUGUGCUCUUAACACAAGCUGUUUGUAAAAAAAAAAAACUUUUCUUUCACUUUAGACGUCAUUGUGUGCACUUUUUUCUUUCUUUCUUUUCUCUCCAAUCGACAAUUCAUCAUCGUUUGUUUCCAUGCUGUAACACAAUCUGAGAAAUGGGCACCUGGGGUUUUUGUUUUUCCCUCCUCUUCUGUGAUUGACUCUGAAAUCCAGUUAAACUGUGUGUAUAUCACGAUCAUACUCGGGCGGAUGGAACGGUCUAUCGCACCAUCGUCGCCCCACUCCCGCCCCGUCAUACGUUUUUACGUCUUUUUAAUCUUCUGCUUGUUCUUUUAUUGUUUGUGCCUUUCAAUAUAAUUUGAGCUAUCAGGUAUUUUGCGAGGAAAUGGUAGCGUUUUUAGAAAAAACCCUUAAACUGUACGCUUUGUUUUUAUGAUUGUUAAUAAACCAUGCGCUGAAACUGA